CUAAUUUAUUCAUAUAUACGUGAUCCAUGAAAUAUGAAUCUGUUCUAGCGAUUCUAAAUCUAAGGAAAACUACUGCGUUAGAUAAGACUUUUAGGCAGAUCAUUAUCAGUAUCCACCUGUGUUUAGUCCGGAGUGCAGAGUACAAAAGAGACGAUGUAUUUUUCGAUGAGCGUACAAAUUGUUCUGGAUAUAUAAAAAUGGAAUGAAAGUGACAGCACUCAAAGAAUCUCAUUUCUUCCACGCAAUCGCAAUUAAACAGCAAAAAUGAGGAACGUUUUUUGUAUCUUCGCACUGCUGUGCACAUCAGUUUACGCAUUUGAUGUGACAGACCCCUCGCGCGAUCUCGAACGAUUGGUGAACGUACAAAAAGUAGUCGCCGAAGCUUUACUUAGAAGUCUACAGUUUUUCCAGCAGGAAACAACGCAGAAACUUGAGAUAAAACUUAACGAAUUGAAAACUGAAGCUUUGGUUGAUAUCCAUACUACUAUCAAUACAGCAUUUGAACAAGUCAAUUUGGCUAUCAACAAGGGAAAAGAAGAGGGUAAAAGCGUAAAUCAAUGUGAGGCUUAUGCGAGGAAUAAACUUGAGAUGAAAAACACAAAUGCCAUUGCUGGAUUGGAUACUUGCGCCCAAAACGGUCACACCGCCAUGGAAGAACCGUUAGCAAACGUGGCCAAAAGUGUUGAGGCGGUACAAAAAUUAUUGAUCGAUUUGGACGUUAUCGUACCGAAUUGUUAUUCUCCAAGCUUCAUUAAAAUGCGAGCCUGCGUCGUGGCAAAUCUCUACCUGACUAGAUCAUCGCUGAAACGUAUUGAAAGCAAUGCCAAGCAGGUGACAGGUACCGCAGCAGUCACGUACGCGAAGACGAUUAUAGACGUGAGAAGUUGCAUCGCGAUAAAUACCUCUGACGUCCGCACUUCCAGCACGAAUAUCAUUAUCUUUACCGAUAAUUGCAUAAGAAAUGCACCUAAGGACAUUCUCAAGCCAACAACUAAUCUAUACCCUUUUUAUUUAUCUAAUUUUGCUCUUAAUUAAAAACAUUAAUAUUUAAAAAUGAAAUAAUCUUGUCAUUAAAAUAGACCACCAUAUUUUUGCGUUUUUUCUCUGUAAAUAAUGUUAUAUAAUGUAGUUAUAGAUAUCAAAUUGUUUUCGUAUUCAUUGUACAAUCGAACGCAUGUCGCUUCGAAUCGUAAUUGCACAGAAAUGUUAAAAAUAAAAAUUCUAUCAGAAGACA